AUGUUAGGGCGCCGUCUAGCCACUUUGCUUAUCUCGGUCGAGGAACAACUCGCCGAUGAAGUUACGCAGAAGAUUCUCCAUGAAGCCUUAACGGAAGCUAUGGCCGCUCUGAGAGAGGUUACCUUCUACCGUUUUUAUCAUGUAUUUCGGCAAGGAGAAUUGGAAAGCCUCAUCACUUCGGUCCCGUCGAUGAAAGUGGUCCAGUCAUCAUUCGAACACGGCAACUGGUGUGUUGUAGUGGAAAAGACAGCCAGCUGA